AUGAAUUUUGUCUGAUUAGGACCAAAUUAGAAAGCGACUAAAAAUGGCAACGGAAUGGAAGAAAGUUGGAAAUGUAAAGAAGCUAUGUAUUUAUCCAUUUAAAAGCGCUAAGAGAAUCGAAGUGCAAGAGGCAGAAUGUACUAAGCAGGGUUUCCGGGAGGUGGAAAAAGGCCGUCGAACGUUUCUAUUGAGAGACAGAACAUUUGUGGUGUAUGAACAGAACUAUCUCGAAUAUAGAUCUGCUAAACAUUUUCCCAAGCUGGUGUUACUUGAAGUUAAAUCCCAUGAUACCAACAGCAUUGCUUUACAUGCUCCAGGAAUGGAAACUUUAAUUCUACCUAUACCAACAGGAAAGGAAGUACAUAUUAAACAACUUGGAGAAACGAUACCUUUAAUUGAUUGUGGAGAUAAAGCGAGUACCUGGAUAUCCACAUACUUGCAAGGCGACAAACCUGGUUUGCGCAUUGGCUAUAAUAAUGGAACUAACAAAAGAAGCACAGAUAUACAUCAAAAACAAAUUGACUAUUACAAUCGUGGUAUGACGUCAGAUUCUAUGGGUCUAAGUUCAAACAUAUGUGCUGUUAUGCUUAACAACGCUGCAUCCAUAAGAGAUUUUCAAAAGAAAUCUGGUAUUUCUGAGAUAAAUGAGAAUAAUUUUAGACCAAAUAUUCUUGUAGACGACGAUAAUUUAGAGCCAUUUGUAGAAGAUCAGUGGGAGUAUUUAAAAAUCGGAGAUGUUAUAUUUAAAAAUGUUUUGGAAUGUAUACGAUGCCUAAUGACCACUGUGGAUAUGGACAAAGGAGUUCGGAGAAGUGAUAGAGAGCCCUUAAGAACAUUGGGAACGUAUCGUGUAAGCAAGGGACCAAAGAAAGAUCCUCUUAUGGGUAUUUACUUGGAAGUAAUUCAAACUGGCAAAGUUACUCUCGAUGACGAUGUUUACGUAGGAAAUUAUUAAUUAAGUGACUUUUAUCUAUUUUAUAUGUAUUUUAAAAACAAUUCGGUAAUGUUCAUUGUGCGACGUAUAUAAAUGUAAAUGUUUAAUUUUAGCAAAAUAUAUACCUGCAUUGUUUUAAA